CAUGAGUGCAAACCACAUAUAUAUCCAGAUUUCAGAGGCUUGAGCUCAGAAAGGUGCUGAGCUGCCAGCCUGGCUCCCUGCUCACCCUGGAACCUCUCCCUGCACAGCCUCGUGAGGAGGAUGAUGCACAGGAGCAGCACGAAGCGCUCGUGAGGACUGCAAACAGGUGUCCUACAUUAGUCAAGACUGUGAAGAAAUUCCAGAAUUCCUAGGAAGAAAAUAUGGACAUAUGGCAAAAAGGCUAGAUCUUAGCUUCAACUUGUUAAGGUCACUGGAAGGACUGAAAACAUUCGGUUAUUUGGAAGAGCUGAUCUUGGACAACAAUCUACUUGGAAAUGACCUUCUGUUACCCAGGUUACCCCACCUUCAUACCUUGACGCUCAACAAGAACCAAAUAUCAGAAUUAGAAAACCUUUUGGACCACUUGGCUGAAGUUGUGCCCUCACUCCAGUAUCUCAGUUUGCUUGGAAACGUGGCCUGCCCAAAUGAACUGGUCUGCAAAGAGAAGGAUGAAGAUGACUACCAGAGAUACAGGUAUUUUGUCCUUCACAAACUGACAAACCUGAAGUUUCUCGAUACGCGGAAAGUAACCAGAAGGGAGAGAGAGGAAGCCUUGGUAAGAGGUGCCUUCAUGAAAGUGGUGAAGCCCAAGGAUGCUAAGGCUUCCAGUGAUGCUGCCUCCACCUCUCCAGAGAUGCAGUAUACCCCUCUGCCUUCAGGAUCCAGAGACCUCACCAAUCACAGAGGUGUUUUGGGAAAAUGCCGCUACGUUUACUAUGGAAAACAUUCCGAAGGCAACAGAUUCAUCCGAGAUGACCAGCUCUAAAACGCAGCGCUGUUUUGUGCCUCUUCGGUCCCUCCAUACAAGAAGCACAAAUUGCAUCUAAAUUUUAAGCAUGUAUCCAAAGUCCUCUAGUGCCUUCUGCUGACUUUGCCAAGCCUGUCAAGAUCAUCCUUCUAUCUUAGUCUGAGUAGUCGCAUCGAGAUUGACAUGAUUGCCUUUAAGCAGGUCCCAUCCACCAGUGUGACAGACAGCUGCAGCCAAGCACCCGGCCUGACAGGAGGAGCACUGUGAUGGAUUGCCUGGUCCAAUUGCUGCUCACAGAAGAGCAGGGGUCACACCUGGGGCUGCAGUGAGCAUGCUCCAUCCCUCGGCGCCUCAGUGAAAGCACCGCAUUUAUCUCCGCUUUGCCCGUUGAGCAGAAGCGGCUGCCGAUAGCCAAGUGUUUAUAAAACAGAGAGGCUGUAAUUUGGGAUGAAAAAGCUCUUAUCUGGUCUGAUUUUUUUUGCCCUGUGAAUUAAGCACUUGCGUUUCUGUCAUCUUCUACACACUUACAGCAACGCUUUCACCGUGGUUGUUUUCAUUUUGGUGUGUUGCACCCUCUGCCUCCAAAUGAGCCUACACACAUUACUUUUGCUAUCAACCGAGGGAAAACAAAAACAUCCUGAAAAUAUUUGGACCAUGCAAAUUACUUGUCAAUUUGUAUAGUUGUUUCUAUGCAAGGGAAAAAAGAUUUCAGCAUAUUUUUCAAGCCAAACUUGCUAAUCCUUACUUUACAUCUCGACUUUUACUGCCUGACCUUCAGAGAAGUGAUCAUUUUUUAGUGUUGCAGAAUAGUGGCACGGCUUAACUGCACAUGCUUGGGAGAAACCCUCAAUUGUGAUAUUGAGAGUGUCUAUUAUCCUUGGUUUAUUGCACAAGAUAUUUUUCUGACUUGUACAGAGAUUACAUUGAUAAUUAAAUGCUUAAAUCUGGAAAGAAAAAAGUGCCUAAAAGGAGCGAUAGAAAAUAAAAUUGCCACCAGAUGGGUAUGAUUAUUCAGAGUGGGGGGGAAAGGUCAAUAAAAGUAACUGAUGGAAUUAACAUAAUUAACUGCUUUACUAAUAUGGUAUAGAGAUGAGUUCUGACAAAUCCUUUCUAAUAUCUGUGAGGGAAAGACUAUUGUCAAAUUUUCAGUGGAAAAAAAAAUGCCUGUCCUAUAUCCUGCUUUUCUGAUAAACAGGUUGGACAUAUUUAGAAUCAUGAGUUUGUUACUGUGGGGAAAAAUGUCUUAGUACUUGAUGUGUGGAUUAAGCGCUACUAGAUACCAGGGAAUUAACUAGGGAAUGUGUAAACAUGUAAACACUCUGACCUCUGGGCUGUUCCAAACCAAUGCAUAUUGGUCCCAGUUCAGAGCCAUCACUGUCUGGCUGUUCUUGGCUUGUUUGACAAUACUUGGUGGUCUUUAAUUACUUUCUAGUUGAAAAAAAUUGUCAAUUUCUAAAAGUUGCCUGCUUUGGGGGCCUAUUAUCAGCUAGUGUUGCAGGUGGAGGUGAGCUGGGUAUUGAAGUCAGUCGUGAAAUUGGGUUUGACCGAUGGAGGAGAAUAAGACAUUGGCAGAGUGAUAAAGGAAGUCUUGCUGCUGCUGAACAUUGUAGGCCUUACUCAGUAAAUGGAAGCCUUUACUGUCUCCAAAAAUCUAUAUUAAGUCCUUAACAGGUACUUAAAAUCAGUAGAGAGCAUAGAACAAUCCAGUUCUUACCACCUGUGGUUAAAAUUGAGCUCUGAGCUCCUUGCCCCAUACCAGCUGGUGUCUGGAAAGCAGGUUUUGGCCUUGUAACACCUCUGUUUAAGUCAUACAUGGCUACAAACAAAAUGUCAAUUCACAUUAGAAGUCUCAGGACAUAUUAGGUAAAGGACAACUAGAAGCCUUUCUUUUCUUUCUAAAUCAAAAAUAUCAUUAGAAAUAUUUAGGGUGCUUGUUGUCUCUCUGGGUUACCAAAAUAACAGCAAUCCUAGUUUGUUCCUAUAAUACUGCCUGCUUUGAAGCUUCUGCAUAUUUUUGCCACAGCAUGUUACAGGCAGCGGGGUUCUGAAUAAGGGUGUUUAGAAUAACCUAAUGUCACUUUCAGUCUACUUGCAUAUAUGUUCUUGUCUUUAUAAAAGGCUUUAACCCUGCCUCAAACAAUAAACAGCACUUGCAAACUGACCGCAUGAUUUUUCCAUCUUUAUUUUGCUUGUUUACUUUUCCUAAUGUCAAAACCAUUUGUAUCAUUUGAAGGAGUGUUUUCUUCCCAGCAAAGCUUUGGAGGCAACAAAAAUAUAUGUGUUUGGAAUGAGAUGUGAUCAAAGUUGUGUCCAUUUUGGGGUUUGUUUUCACUUGCAAGAUUAUAAACCUAUAGUUAAAGACGGUGAUGUGCUAAUUAAAAUUUAUUGAGAGGGAUUUGCACUAAAUGUCACCGAUUCUGGAAUAUAAAAGGGAUCAUCUAUGAAUAGUAACUAUUUUAUUUUACCAUCAUGUAUCAGGACAUUUAAAAACCAACAUGGAUGGGUGUUUAUUACUGUUUAUGCUAACAUCAUUCUUUUUUGAUAUGCAAAGUGUUUUGUUGUUACGUGUCUUCUGCUGAAGUUCUGCUCUAAGAUGUGGCCAACUUUUCAAGCCCCUGGGGCUGGUAUCCACACUUCAUUCUUUCCUCAGUGGGAACUGCAUCUGAAUUUCUGACCUGAAUAUCAUUUGGGAUGAAAGUUGCAGUCAUCUCAAAAGAGAUUCCACUGUUUCUCCUUUACUCUCCUUAAUACAUGGCACAACUGUCCCUCUCAAGAUUAACUAGGCUAUUAAAAAUAAAACAUUAGCCUACCAAGCUGGAAUGAUUUUAAAAUGUGUAUCUUUCCAAGGAACCACUGCAUUCUUACUUCUUUGUGUCAUCACAAGAAAGACUUUGGCCAGCCAUGUUUCUUGAUGGUUAACAAGAUUUCAGAUCUGUGUGCUUGAGUAAGUAAUCUCCAAAUGUGACCCUUUUUAUAGAGAAUAUAUCAAAACUUCAGUCUAUUGUUCAGUCUUGUGAUGACCGGCACUUUGCCUUUUGGCAGAGAGUCUCCCAUCUUGACAAUGAAGACUGGGAAGUGAAUGGCUUUACUAGGAGCUGCCUGCAGUAGCUGUGUUUGGUGUGUUCCAAACUCUCUGUAUUGACUAUGUAUUGAAAAUGUUAAUGGCCAAGCCUUUGAUUAAAAAUAAGAAAACCCAAUCUGUAGUCAAAUUUUAAAGAUAAAUGACCAGUGAAAAAUCCUCCUGUUAUGGAUACACAGGCCUGACUUUAGAGGAAACUGGCUUUAAUUGCAUAUGUUACAUGCAUGAAUGAUUUUUGGGAUUGCAGAAAGUAUGCUACUACUGAAACUACUCUUUUCUCCUUUGUUAAGGUUGAAUCUCACAAUAGUUUUAGGAUUUACCCAAACCGUGAAUCCCUUUGAAGUCAAUGCUAUUACCCAUGAGAGUUAGGGUUAGUGGUAUUCAGAGGCUGGUAUGCAGCUCCCUUUUGUAAUAUAUUUGGCUCUUUGGGUAGAGCAUUACACAAUAUCUGCAUGUUCAAUUCUCACAUCUUCUUUGCAGAUGAAAAGUCACUGUAUGUUGCUCUAACGUCGUUCCCAUUUGAGUCAGAAGCAACAAACCUGUCUGUGCUCUAGAAAAUUCUUUCUGUAAUUUACAGAGUUCACUUGCUGCCAGUGGAUGUACUAAAAUAUUUUAAUUCCUGCCAACAAUAUUGAGUAUGUUGGGAA